AACAACCGAACAUGGCGGACUUACUUGGAUCGAUUCUGGGAUCCAUGCAAAAACCCCCAUCGCUCGGGGAAGAGGAAAAGAAGAAAGCCAAAGAGUUAAAAGAACGUUUGCAAAAACAGCAGGAUCAUGAGAAGCAAAAGUUGGAAGGUUUCAGAAAAAAGAUGCAGAAAAAAAUUCACGAGUUCAUACAAAAUGGAUCAGAAGAAAAGCUGAAGUUUCCUGCUAUGGAUAAGGUCUUUCGGGCAAUUAUUCAUGAGGUAGCAGAUGUAGCUGGUUUGACCUCAUUCUCGUUUGGACAGGAAGAGGAAGACAGAUAUGUGAUGCUCUGGAAAAAGGAAUUUGCCCCAUCAGAUGAGGAAUUGUUAGCGUACAGGAGAGGUGAAGCAUGGGACCCAGAAAAAGCAAAAGAACUGGCACGACAGAAGGAGUUAGAAAAGGAAGAAUCGACACACAGUGCCAAAGGCAAAACAGAGUUUAUACCAAAUUCAAACUACAAAGACAAAUAUGAACAUAUAAUUGGUCGGUCAGCAGCCAAAGAUGCCGCCAUGACAACGACAGCCAAUCGGUCUUAUGGGUUUGUGCCAAGUGAAAACAAACGAGACAAAAGAACGGUAGAACAGGUUCUAGCAGAUUCUAGGGCGAAGAAAAAACAAAAGACUGAUUCCAGUGUCAUAAGCUCAGACACUCUAGACACCCAGGGCGACCCACCAGAGUGUAGUGAUACCCCUGCUUCUAGUUGAUGAUGUGCCACUUUAGUUACUGCUGGACAUUUAGCACAGCAGGAAAGUGAGUUUUUAUUGUGUUUUAGUGCCACAUACAAAAAUAUUCUCAUGGAUGUUACUGCAGAAUAGUUACAAAAAUGCUUGCCUGAUCACAGACUUGUUUGGGGCAGAGUACCAAACUUUCUACUUAUUAGAAACAUGGCAACUUCACAAGUAGUACAUCAGUACCGUCUGGACUAAAGUCCUUCAAAGACGAACUCUUUCCAUAAGAUGGUAGCUAUUGGUGAAUGUUAAAGCUUUUUCCAUCAAUGUUUCUUCUAGCUAACCAGUUGACAGCCAUAGUAAUGAAUCUGUGGGCAGUUAGAUCAGCCAAUCAUCACAGGCUGCGUAGUCAGCCAGUUGUUAAACAUUGUUUUAGCCAAUGAAUAAGACAGUGACAUAAGCCUGUCAGAAGUCAGGCGAUGUAAACCAAGCGGUGGAAGCUUGUCAGCAACCAGCAACAUGAGCCAAGUGCCGGUAGAUUGCCUGAUGACUGAAAAGCUGUGAUUGGACCAGUUGGUCAGACAGACAUUAUUGGUAGUAAAUAUUCAUUGAAAUUGGCCAUUUCGUUUUUUCUGUCUGUCCUCUUUGGGAGGAGUAUGUAGGUGGUGUGUCGCAGAUCAGAAAAAUAAUACACUGGUUGUUGACUGGAAACAUGUUAUAGUAUUGUGCAGAUCUCACAAUGAAUUCUACAGCUGCAGUGUCAUGUAUGUUGUUUUAAUAUGUGAUGAGACAUCCAUCUGUGCAAUGUUAAAUAGCAAAUUUGUUGUAUUGAGUAAGUAAUUGUCAUGCAAUGCACAGUUCUGCUCUUUCUAUGUUCUGUUUAGAUGUGAAGUAAUUCUUUAACCUUCUCGCAUGUUUGCAA